UUACUUUGUAAUUUUAUUGUUGUAAAUACGUCGUGCUCCUUCAUGGAAAUGAUAACACUGUGAUGUAACUGUUUAUUAAUGGAUACUAGUUAUGUUACAUAGAAUGUGGAAUACUGGCGAGUUUUAGGAGCCAAUAUCAACUGGAAUAUAUUGUACAUGUAAAUUUUGAGUGAACAUAGCUAUGAACAGACGGAGGGAAAGUGCUCCAGAAGCAGGGAUACAUGUCAAUCCAAACAGGGCCAAUACCCCCGUAUCACGACCGCCAAGUUUGAAUACCGGACAUAGAAGCAUUUCACCUAGUGUACAGGAUGAUAUAGUUUUCGAGACUCAUACAGAUGGUAAACAAUCAGAGACAAAGAUUUACAGCAGUCGAGAGGCUACGCCACAGUCAACGUUAGGCUACGGCACCAUGGGAACAAUAGGGACGCCAGUCAGUGAAACGUCACCUCUCCUUAAUGAAGUCUGCCACACACCAUUGACAGACUCCAUGAGUGAGGAGGAAGACCAACCACCUUUCUUCAGCAGAGAAAAUUUUGCGAAAAAUAAAUGGACAUUGUUAAAACAUUUAAAAGUCUUCAUCUUAACUGUUGCAGCUAUAGUUAGCAUUGUGUUUAUUGUGAUUAAUCCGGAGCAUGAAGAAACCUGGAACCAGGUGUCAGUACAGUCAAAUGUAGAUAGUGAAAUUGUCCUUGAAGAUGUGCCAUCUGGUGUUAAAGGGAGAAGAGUACUGCUCACAUUUAAAGGACCAUUUGGAAAUCCGAAUGAAACAAAUGAUAAUUCAGAUUUACUUAGUGUCACCCAGGGAAUGAAGGCAGUAUUGAAUCUAUCAGUGAACAUGGUGGCCCUGUCUAAUCAUUCCAUUAGUACAGUUCUAAGAGAAUUAGAGCUUAAUGAUCUAAAGACAUCAGAAGACAAAGUGAAUUUGAAAUUUGAUUACAACCCAGUGAGUAUAAAUGCAGAAACAUGUCUACCAGUUGAAUACAGCUAUACUUUUACAGCAGACACCAAAAGUGAAGAAGUUUGUGCUCUAAUUGUUCUGAUUCUUGUCUAUGGCUUGAUCAUCUUUGAUCUGGUACACAGGACACUGGCUGCAAUAUUAGGGUCACUGGCAACAGUUGCUGUAAUGUCAGCCUUUGGUUUGCGUCCAACCCUGGAGAAGAUAAUGACAUGGCUAGAUGUAGAAACUUUGUCAUUGUUGUUUGGUAUGAUGAUAAUUGUGGCCAUCUUUUCAGAGACUGGGUUCUUUGAUUAUUGUGCUCUUAUGGCCUACAAGCUAGCCAAAGGUCAGGUGUGGCCAUUGAUAACAUUGCUUUGUGCAUUUAGCGCUGUGGUGUCAGCAUUUCUUGACAAUGUUACAACUAUACUGCUACUUACCCCAGUCACUAUCAGGUUAUGUGAAGUGCUUAAUUUAGACCCUAAGAAGAUUCUGAUAGCUGAGGUGUUGUUUUCAAACAUUGGAGGAACGGCCACUGCCAUUGGAGACCCACCAAAUGUGAUCAUAGUCUCACAUAAAGAUGUUAAAGCAAAUAAAAUAGAGUUUUCUAACUUCACGGCUCACAUGGUAGUUGGUAUUGUAUUUUGCUCCUUUGCUGGCUAUGGAUUACUGAGAUUAUUCUACAGAAACAUGGAAGAUCUCGAGAAUAAAGAUCCAAUAGAGAUCACAGAACUACGUCAUGAGAUAGAUAUGUGGAAAAGGGCAGCCAAGCGUAUCGUGGCUAUUUCCAGGGAGGAGAAAGUAAUGCAGGCUAUAUUUCUACAAAGAGUUGCGGAACUUGAAAAUAAACUGGUCAAACAAAUCUAUAAAAUGAAGAGAAGAAAACAGAAGAAUUUCAAGGAAAUGUUGGCAGAACUUGAAAAGAAACAUAAAAUCACAGAUAAAGCAUUACUGGUGAAGAGUGGGAUUGUACUGGCUGUGGUCAUAUUGUUGUUUUUUCUUCACUCAUUCAUUGAUGAAAUGCAUAUUGGAUUAGGUUGGAUUGCGAUCAUGGGAGCCAUUAUGUUGAUGGUAUUGGCAGACAUGCAGGAUUUAGAGACCAUUUUACAUAUGGUAGAGUGGUCAACACUUAUCUUCUUUGCUGCUCUUUUCUCCCUAAUGGAGGGACUAAAAGAGUUGGGUCUGAUCAGUUGGAUAGGUGGAGGAGUGAAGAGUAUUCUAGUAGAUGUAGAGAAGGAUCAACAAAUACUCGUGGCUAUCAUUCUAAUAUUAUGGGUGUCUGCAAUAGCUUCUAGCUUCAUAGACAACAUACCUUUCACAACAGCCAUGAUUCCCAUACUGAUCACUGUGAAUGAAGAUGUAGGAAUUCCACUGAUGCCGAUGAUUUUAGCACUAGCAUUUGGAGCUUGUCUUGGAGGUAAUGGAACCCUGAUAGGGGCCUCAGCAAAUGUUGUGUCAGCAGGUAUAGCAGAGCAGCAUGGUUAUGGAUUCUCAUUUCUCGACUUCUUCAGAGUUGGGUUUCCAAUGAUGUUGGUAACAACAUUUGUAGCUAUGGGGUACCUGUUGAUAAGUCAUGCCUGGGGCACAUGGGGUAAUGAUACAGGUGCUACAGUGUAGUUCAUUGCUUAUCGCAUACCUGACUAAUGGAAACCAUAGAAACAAAGACAGACACAGAAUAUAGAGAAUUCAAGAAAAUAUAUGACAAAUUUGAGCUGUGCAAAGAAACUACGAUAAUUUUGGAUAAAAUGAAAGAAAUGAAGAACCUACUGUAUAUAUAUGAAAGAAAAGAAAGCAUUGUGGCCAGUGGUGGAUUUGAAAAGAGACAUUUUAUACAUGCAGAGGUUCAGAUACUGUCAGAUUUUGUGUUUUUUAUGUUUUUUUACGUUACUUUAUAUAGACAAAGAACAAAUCGCCGGUUCAAAAAAUGGCCAUGCCACGCGGAAAUUUCCUGGAAUCAUUGUUUCGGUUAGGGCUUUGUUGCUCAUUUUGUGCAAAGAAGAUACUCCAAAAUUGUACAAAAACAAAUUUGAAACGGAAUCAGACGAAUGGUGUUUUAACGGUUAGCUAAAACACAUUGAAAAUACUAAUUGAUCCUUUUUAAGAAAUGAAUCAUACAAAUUUGAAUUGUGACAUAUCAUUUUUGUGCAAUAUAUUUUUACAUUUUACACUUAUUUCAUGAAAACAAAAUUGUUAUAAUUUUAUUGCUCAUUCAUCAUACAUAUAUAUUAUGUAACAUAAAUUUAUAGAUUUGUUGAUUAUAGUGCUGUUAAAGACCACCUUUUAUAUAUGACUAUUUAUUCAAAAACCUGUUAAUUCUUCCAGAUAAUUUAUAUGCUGUAUAAAUUAUAAUUACCUAUACCCGGCUUGACCACUUUUAAAUACAGACCAUUUACAGAAAAAAUUGUAACAAAAGACCACACUUUUUCUAUUGUAAACAGAAAAGUGCUAUUCAAUA